CUCUGUCACUAUCCCCAACCAAACCACACUCACACUCUUAUACAUAAUGGCAAAGCAACAUGGCCAUUUUUCUUGUACGUAUGUGUCUCUUAGAUGGAGCCAAAAGUUGGGGAGGAGGAAGAAGAGGAAGGAAAGAAAGAGGGAAGGUUGUGUGUGUGGGAUUGCGGGAGCCCGCUCUAUGACGCCUUCGAGCUCGUCUCCGUGUCUCACCUCAUCGACCGACAUGUCAUGGCGCUGCCCUUUGUGAAGGAGCGCAACGCGUCGUCCGUGAGGUUCGAGUACGCCGUGUUCGACGGGCGCGACGUCGAAGCAGCGAGAGGAGGGAGGAGGAGGAUGAAGAAGAUGUUGGUGGUCAUGGGGAGGAGGGGACAGAAGGAGGUGGCCAAGUUGAGGAGAAAGGUUAGGGUGAGAUUGCAUGGUGCGUUCAAAGCCAUAUAUGCAUGCUUGUUCGAGAGGACUAUGAAGUGUGUGUAAUCUUUUGUAAUUGCCUUUUUUUUUUAAUUACUCGAUCCAUCCCUUGUUUCCUUUUAUUUUGUUGCUUAACUUGCUUUUGAUCGCAAUGUUUUUGGACAUAUAUGGUAAGUUGCACCAAUAUUUAAUGUGAGACUAUUCACAUAUACUGUGAAAAUUUGAA